AAUUCACACCGCUGCCUUUACCGAUUAGCGAAGCGAAGCCUUGUCCACUGGAUGGAUGAAUGAAUGAAUUGAAAAAUUUCGUGAAAGAAAUUAGAAAAUAGUAAGCGAUUAGACGAUUAUCACUCAAUUAUUUGGCAGCCUACUCGUGCUUGUAUUACAAAAUCUUGAAGUGUUGAACUAUCGAGGGAUGGACUACGGCCCGGUGCAUCGGUAAUGUUACUCAAUCAAGACUUUUCGGUGUAAGCAGUAACACAACUUUCAAUUCGUUACAUUUUACAAGCUAAACAUUGUAACUCGAUAUGGCAAACCACUACGACAUUCCCAGCUGGGCUGGAAAACCCCCUACUGGUCUUCAUUUAGAUGUACUGAAAGGUGACAGACUUGUGCAGAAAUUGAUGCUUGAUCAGAAAAAAUGUUAUUUAUUUGGAAGAAAUCAAGAAAUGUGUGAUUUUGCCAUCGACCAUCAAUCAUGCUCGCGCGUUCAUGCAGCGUUUGUAUACCAUAAAUUUUUAGAAAAAGGAUUUCUCGUCGAUCUCGGCAGUACUCACGGAACGUUCAUCGGAAAAAUGAAAAUCGAAGCUCAAAAACCGACCAUAUUACCUGUAGAUAGUCAUUUUCAUUUCGGUCACUCUACUCGUGUAUAUGUUCUUCGUGCCAGACCUCAAAUGCCUAAUCUACCUAUUAUGGAAGAAUUUGAAAACGACGAUGAUAACGACGACAAUGUUAAUUUAGAAAAUGAAUUGGCCUUAGAUAACAUCACUGAAUAUAAUACCGCUCAAAACCGUCGUAUUACGUUGAUCGGAAUUUCGGAUAGAGAUUUUCCGCGAUCCGAAUUAAAGCGUAAAAAACACUCUGUAACUUUCAACGAAGAAGAUGAGGUCAUAAAUCCGGAAGAUAUUGAUCCUACCAUUGGUAGAUUCCGUAAUUUAGUUCAUUCUACAGUGAUUCCUACAAAAAGGCAGCGGCUGCAUAUCGAAGAUAACGAUAAUGAUUAUCAACAAAAGUUCAAAGAGAACACAGGCAAAGGUGCUCAGUUUCCUUCAAAUUAUCACCACGAUCUGUAUUACGAUAUACCAGGAUUGCAUUUUAACGAAGAUGAAGAAGGCAGUCACUCAAAUAAAGCUGAUUCUUCAUAUUCUACCUCAAUCGUUGCCAAAUUAGGGCUUCCUCUUCCAAAUCCAGCACCGGAUGUCGAUUUGAUGGAUAAUUUCAAAGUGGCACCGGAAAAUCCAUUAACUACUAAAGCUGAUUUGCUACCUAAAAAGAAGAAGUAUGCUAAAGAAGCAUGGCCAGGCAAAAAACCAUCUACUUCUUCGAUGCUAGUUUGAAAGUUUUAUACCAAAAACUUCUUUUUGAAGUUAUGCGCAUUGUUGAAAUCAUUACGUAAAUAAUGCUUCAAUGAAGCCAUUUUUUAACAAGUAUUUUUUUCACUUUGAACAAGUAUAUAUUUCAUUCAUGUGAAUAUAGAUGUGUAAUGUAUUAUCAUUUGUUUUAAAAUAAUAAUUUUAUUGGUUUUGAACUUAUAUGUGAUUCAAGAUCAAUGAAUUAAAUGUUACUUGAAAAUUA